CUCACCUGGAGCCUCACCUGACAGCUUCACGCCUGAAGAGACAUCAGCUGAUGGACCCUGUGGAGAACCUGGAAGACAGGAUGUGUCUGAAGCACGAUAAACCUCUGGAGCUGUUCUGUAGGACCGACCAGACGUGUGUCUGCAUGCUCUGCACUGUGUUGGACCACAAGAUGCACAAUGUUGUUCCUCUGAAACAAGAAUAUGAAGGAAAGAAGGUCGAGCUGCAGAAGACAGAGGCUGAAACUCAGGAGAUGAUCCAGAAGAGACGCCUGAAGAUUCAGGAGGUCCAACACAAUGUGAAGCUCAGUGAGGAAGAUGCAGACCGAGAGAAAGCAGAAGGUGUUCAGGUCUUCACUGGUCUGAAGGAGUCUGUGGACAGGAAACUGAACGAGCUCAUCACUACGAUAGAAGAGAAGCAGAGAAGCACCAAGAAACAGGCUGAAGACGCCAUCAGAGAGAUGGAACAGGAGAUCUCUGAUCUGAUGAAGAGGAGCACUGAGGUGGAGAAGCUCUCCCUCUCUGAAGACCACCUCCACCUCCUCCAGAGUGUCCAGUCCCUCAACAUCCACCAUCCACCACCCACCAAGGACUGGUCUCAGGUCAGUGUUCCUCCAGCAUCACAUGAGGGGACUGUGAGGAGAGCUGUGUCUCAGCUGGAGGAGACGCUCAGUAACAUGAUGAAGACGCUGGUUGCUGAAGUUGAGAUGAAGAGGGUCCAGAAGUUUGCAGUGGACGUGACUCUUGAUCCUGAAACAGCUCAUCAUCGACUCAUCCUGUCUGAUGACAGGAAACAAGUGAAACGUGUUCAGGUAGAGCAGCCACAUCUCCCCAACAAUCCACAGAGGUUCUCUCUUUGUCUCUGUGUUUUAGGAACACAGAAGUUCUCUUCAGAAAAACUUUAUUACGAGGUUCAAGUUAAACAAAAGACUGACUGGGAUUUAGGAGUGGUCAGAGAGUCGGCCAACAGGAAGAGACCCAUCAUACCGAGUCCUCAGAACGGUUACUGGGCUUUAUGGUUGAGAAAUGGAAACGAGUAUAAAGCUCUUGAUGACCCUCCAGUUCUUCUCUCCCUGAAGUCUGGGCCUCAGAAGGUGGGGGUGUUUGUGGACUAUGAGGAGGGUCUGGUCUCCUUCUAUGAUGUAGAAGCUGCAGCUCUUAUCUACUCCUUUACUGGCUGCUCCUUCAAGGAGAAGCUCCUCCCAUUCUUCGGUCCUGGUAUUUAUCUUGAUGGUAAAAACUCUGCUCCUCUGAUCAUCUCUCCUGUUGGAGUAAACUAAUCACUCUUUGUUUAUUGUAAUGAUUUUCUCCAUUGAAGAGAAUAAAUAUACAUAUCUUGUCUUAAUAUCAUGCAGUUGAACUUGACAUCUUCCUGUUUACUGUGGUGAUUGAUUUACACGUCAUUAUUAAAUGUAUCCCGUUACAUAUAAACACAUUAAUCUCUUAAACUCUGCAUCAUGACACAUUAAAUGUGGAAUUUCAAUUCAAAUCUUUGUUAAAUCUAAGACAUUUAUUUCUACGUCCAGAAGAAAGAUCCAGAAAAGUAAAGCCUGGUUGACAGAAGUUGUUUCAUGACAAAUAAAUUGUAUUCUGUGACUUUCAUAAUAAAAGAUGUUUACAAGCAAAACAAGA